UUGCAUUUUAUUAAUUAUUAACAAUCUUUUGUGGUGAAUCUCUUAUUCUCUGCUAUAUCAUCUGCAUGUUCCUUUCUGAAAUAAAGAGUUUCUGCCUUUUUCUGGCAGUUUUUGGCCUUUGCCUGGCAGAACUGAGGCCAGCCACAGCCAGGCUGCAGAAGCUGAUGGACCUGCCAUCAUCCCUGGGGUUUCCAGUCGCCUUCUUCUGCCCACAUACUCCUCCAUUUCCAUGGCCCCUCUCUUGCAGAAGAGAGGCAAGACUCUGAAAAAAUUAUUACUGCUGUAUGCACAAGCUAUUGGAGAUAUUUUCGGACAGUGACACUUCCUAAUCUCCUACGCUGCAAGCUUUGGCACGUUUGUCCACUGGUUGCGUGACAGUGUAAUUCCAUAGAACCGCAGAAUGGUUUGAGUAGAAAGGGAUCUUGGAGAUCUAGUUCCAACCCCUCAGGGGUGUCUCAUCAGCGAAGGUUUCAGACGCUCCCCUCGCCAAGAGAGGUACCCUCGUCCCAGUGCGGCCAGACGCUCCCCGCUGCCCGCGGCAGGCUGGUGCCGGGCAGGGGGCGGCGAGGCCGCAUCACGCAUGGGAACGGAAAGCUCCGGCCCAGGUUUCCGGGCUUCCCGGCGUCCGGGCACCAUCCGGGGGAAGCGUUUAAGCGACGGCAGCCACGGGUUGGCUGGCGAUGGUGUAUGUAGGAUGGAUGUGUCUUUUAAGAUAAUGCUUUGGAAAAUACAUGGAAAACAGGGGCAAAUGAGAUGUGCUAACCUCGAGGAGCUGUAGUGCUUGAUGCUGAUUUCUGUGUUAAAGAUCAUGUUUCUGGGACCUGUGGGAUCUCUGCUGAGAAAACAUACUGCUUCUACAGCCUGCCACUUAAGUGCACAAUUGAUGAUUUCACUUGAAAUAUUCACCUGAAGAAAUUAACAAUAGGCAAGGUAUAACUGCUUUUUAACAAUGUUAAGAAUUCAGCAUUGUGUAACAGCUAACAGGAUACCCAAGAAAAAGCCAUAUAUUUGUGACAUUUGCUAUAAGCAGUUUGAAACUCCAUCAAAAUUAGCAAGACAUUAUCUGAUACAUACUGGUCAAAAGCCAUUUGAAUGUCAUGUGUGCUAUAAAACAUUUAGGCAGUUGGUCCAUCUGGAGAGGCAUCAGUUAACCCAUAAUCUGCCUUUUAAGUGUAUUUUUUGUCACAGAAACUUCAAAAAUGUAAUUACUUUAUUGAAGCAUCAGCAGCUUCAUAAUGAAAAUUAUCAGAAUAGUAUCAAACAAGAAGAAAAAUAUGUGAGUUCUGAGCAGGACAGGGUCACUUGUGGCGUAUUUCAACGUUCUGUGUGCUGGAAGUCUUUCUCAGCUGAAGAGAGGUGGAUGCUGUAUCAGUGUCAGAAGGCAGAUCGUCUACAUGGUACCGGAAGGAGAAAGAAAACUCACAUUUGUGAAUCAUGUAACAAGACAUUUCCGUCAAGAUCUAAGCUAGAACGACACUUCCUUAUUCACACUGGUCAGAAGCCUUUUAAGUGUUCUUCUUGUGGCAAAUCUUUCAGACAGUCAACACAUUUGAAAAUCCAUCAGCUCACACACACGGAAGAAAGGCCUUUUCGGUGCUGCUUUUGUCAGAAGGAGUUUAAAAUACAGAGCAAACUCAUGAAGCACAAACAACUCCAUGCCAGAAAUAAGACUGUCUCCAAUAUCAUAUACAAAGGAAAAACUAAAUAUCUCAGACUACAGAAACUGUCAGAAAGAAAGAUGGAUAGUUUUGAGAAUGCUGACACACUCAAGUUGCUGGAGAAUGACCCAUGUGAUGUUUAUUCGAUUUAUGUCAUACCGUUUCAGUGUCCAGAGUGUGAGCAGUGUUUUGAAACAGAGGAAGUCCUAAAUUUGCAUAAAUGUUGUUAUCUAAGAAAUGAGAAAAGCUCAAAUUGCACAACAGCACGCAGCUGCACAGUCAGCAUGAAAAGUAAGAUCCUGAUGAAGCUAAAGUGCACUGGAGGAAAGGUAUCAGAUUUUUCUGUGACUGGCAGAGAAAAAAUGAAAUCAGGUCACUUUAGGAGUCCUGACCUGGUUGCAGUUAGAGAUCACCAUUCUGAUAAGAAUGUUUCCACUAAAUCUUUCAAGGACUGCUGUAGCAAGCUUGAUCUGUGCAAGGCAGUUAGUUGGAUGAAAAGAAGGUUUGCUGUGCCAUUAUACGGGCAGGAGCACCUAGAACCUCUCAAAGUAGGAAUUAAUUUAAAAGGUGUGCUUACUGGUGAAAGCAUGUUAAGCAUCAAUGAUGCUGUGUGUAAUAGGGGCGAUGCUUUUUAUGGUUCAUUGGAUGAUGGCUUCUUUGAUAAUCCAGAAGUACUUCACUAUGCUUUUUCAGCUCCUACUAAAGAUAUACAUAACAGACACAAAGUGUGUAAAUGUGACAGAUGUGAAAAAAUAUUUCCAUCUUCAUCCAAACUUCAAAGACAUUACCUUAUACACACAGGACAGAAGCCCUUUGGCUGUAGUGUUUGUGGGAAGACAUUCAGACAGUCAGCUCACUUAAAAAGACAUCAGCUCACCCAUUCUGAAAAGAACUCCUAUCAAGGCCCUGUUUGCCAGGUAGAAUUUGAAAAUCUGAACAAACUUUUCAAUCAUCAGGAAGAUCACAUUGAAUUUGAGUCUUCUCAGCCUGUAGGUUAUUCAGGUUAUUCUCAAGCACCUUCACAGGCGCCUGGCUUUCAAGAAUUUGAGCUGACUCAGUCAAAUCAAGCAGCUGAAAUCAAAGUUGAAAUUGAGUCAGGGGACAUUGUUUUUGACACUGGCAGUAGAAACACAGAGCCUUACUUGUGUAGUAAAUUGUUGGAAACAGAGCAAAGCUGUUAUAGUUAGUGGCACGAUUUUUCUGAAAGUAUUGAAAAAAGGAAAUUGUAUCAGUGCAGUCUCUGCUUUAAGACAUUUAAAUCACCUUCUGAGCUUGAAAGUCAUUACUUGAUGCACUGGACAGAAGCCAUUUGAAUGUUCAGUUUGUGGUAAAAAUUUCCGACAGUCUCCACAUUUGAAAAGACAUCACCUUACUCACUUUAAAGAAAGGCUAAAGCUGAGUUCCAGGCAGCAACAACCAAAGACUAUAUUGUUUUUGUUGAACCUGGACACUGUCCCCUGAAAUUAUACAUUAACAUUUUUGAUUGCAUGAUUAUUAAAAGGAUUAUGCUAAACUGAACAGCUGACUGAACAGGUUUAUCUUUUUAUGUUGUGAAGCCGACCUGAUGAAGAGUUAAUUUGCUGUUUUCAGAACUGCCCACUUGAUUAUAAUAUCUGGUAACUAUGAGAAGACGGUUAAAAACAAAGCAAUAAGAAAGCUACUUCAUAUUUCGUUUCUUAAAAUGUAUUUUUAAAUACACAUUUUUACUGCGUUGAUGGUGUUGUGGCAUUCUGCAGUGCUCCAUACUUUUUCCUGUAUAGUAUUUUUAUGAUACUAAGCUGUUCAAUGAUAAUUUUCAAAAAGUAAAGACAAAAAGGCAACUUCUGGAAUACAGGAGAAAUGGUCACACUUUUUUCUUCUGGCUUCCUGUACAUUGCAAGCAAGUAUUCAAAUGUUGUGUACAUUUGCUGUAUUUAGUUCACGCUUUUUUUCAAAAAGAGUGAAAGUUAAUUUUAGAUGAACAAGAUGCAGAAAAAAGAAAAAGCUGAAGAAGUGGAAAAUAAUAUUUAAUGAGGAAAAACUGUUGCCUAGCAUUAUAGAACAGUUAAUACAGAAAAAAACCAACUCCACAUUUGUAAUGUGCUUGGAGAUCUAUGGGUGAGAAAUUAGAUCUUUUCCUUAUUUAUGGUAAAAUGAAUAGAUAGUGCUAAACUAGCAGGGAUUAUAUUCAAUCCCUUUUACCACAUAGUUAUUUCCACUUCUUGCAGUAUCCCUUUUCUAUAUUUUUUUCAUUCUAUAUUGAAUUAUUUUUCUGCGAGCAAAAAAUUAUCAUGGAUAGUACACAUGCAGUUAUCUGUUCCUUCUGUUGUGCAUAUUGCACCAGUAAAAGAAAUGUUCUCUAAGGUGUGAUAAAGCAGGCAAGUAGUUUUGUUGGGAAAUCGUGUUCUUGUUACAUUAAAUAUAAGAGACUAAAAAUGACUUUUAGCUCAGAAUAAGUAGUUUUGGUUUUGUGAGUAGAAUCUGUGGUUAUAAUUCUGGUAAGUAGAGAGCUUUAGCUGCUGUUCAUGUGGGUCUGGCAAAAAGUGUAAGUGCAGUGGAGCUUUCCUCGAGAAAAGAAUGAAGUUUCCUUUUUCUUUUUCUUUUUUUUUCUGAAGAAGAAUCAUAGAAUCACAGAAUGGCUUAGGUUGGAAGGAACCUUAAAGAUCAUCUAGUUCCAACCCCCUGCCAUUGGGCAGGGAUGCCAUCCACGUCCCCAUCCAACCUGACCUUGGACAACCUCCUGGGAUGGGGCAUCCGCAGCUUCUCUGGGCAGCCUGCUCCAGUGCCUCCCCACCUUCUGUGUAAAGAAUUUCUUUGUAACAUCUAACCUAAACUUGUGGUACAUUUUCCUUUGUCAUGCAACUCCUGAAUAUUUUAAUCCUGAGGUUUUUUAUCCUAUAUCUAAAUUAACAGAACUGUAAGUUAUGUGGCGUUCUUUUCAUUAUUUAAAUAUUUAAGUGAACUUUUUUUGUUGUUGUGAUGCGAUUUCUCUAGGUCUUGUCGUGGCGUAAGCUUUGUAGUAGUUGAUAUAAACGAAGGAUGAACAGAGUUCUUACCAUAUUUUUGUGUGUGUUAUUAUUUCCCACUUUCAGAGAGAAUGAAAUAGUUACUCUGAUUUUUAUAUGAUGGGCUAAUUCAGUAUCAUAAGAACGACUGUUGUUAUAUACUAGAUUUUUUUUCUUUCCAGGUGAGUUGUUUUAUACUGAAAGAAAAUACUUCAUAAAACAUUUUGCAAGUGUAUUGUAGAGCUCUUAAGAUACUUCUAAUAAACUAUUUUAUUUAUAUUGCA